CUUAAAAUUUGUAGGCCAUGACAAAAGACAUGAUUUACCUGUUCCCUGAUGUUAGUGUUAUAAUAUGUGGUUUUAUUUAUAUUGGAUACUAAGUGUAUGUACAUGUAUCACUGUCUUAAUGUGGAUAAGGGAUUGGCGGAGGAAAGGCAGCAUAAACAUCGUAUUCCUUCUUGUUUUGAUGAGUAGCCUUCUAGUUGGCAGUAGCAUUAUCGUCUUCAACUGUAGCUUGAGAGUUGAUGAAGAAAUCUGUGAGGAUGUCUGGAUGGCAGUAUCUGCGAGUGUCUCUAUUUUACUGUUGGUGUUCGUGUGUAUGCAGAUGACGGAGAAAGUUUUGAUGACUUCGGGCAAAGACAAACGCGGCUCACCAGAUUUGAAUGGAAAUAAAAUUUAUCAUAAUCAGCCAAUUUGCAAAGGACCAACAGAUAUUGUAUGUCAAUAGUUAACACAUUGAUCCCGGGUUUGGGAAAACAACAAGGAUGUGUUUUCUUGGCACCUCCAGAUGGUACAAAAUGUACACAUGAUAAUUCUCAACAGCUGAUUAUAACCUAUGAUUCGUCAGAAAGCGUAAGGUUGUCUCUUUACCAUGAGCUUCUGUGGUUUUAACCACAACAGGAAUAUGUUCUCAUGGCGCAUCUAGACGGUACAGAAUGUAUACGUUUGAGUUCUCAGCUGAUUAUGAGAUACUUAUCGUCAGACAGUGUAAAGGUGUUUCUGAGCCAUGCGGCCCUGUGUUUCGAACCACAAGAAGGUCAUGUUCUCUUGGCGCCUUUAAGCGGUUCAAAAUGUGUACGUAUGAUUUGUUCUCAGCUAAUAAUGAGAUACGCACUUAUCGACAAACAUACAUUAUAAAAGACAGACACUGUCUUUCCCCAAGACUUUGUUAUAGUUAGCAACGAGAUGAUGUUUCAUGUUGAAAAUCGAAAUGUUUCAUGAUCGACACCGACGCCGAUGCGAUAUUGCAUGGUCAAUAUCGACCUCGAAGAAGUGUUUGAUUGUGGUGUUAUGUCCUAGGUAAACAGUUGACCUAACACACAUCUGUGUAUAAAAUAUAACGUUGGCUCAACACCGUUAUGCAUUGCUAUAUGUUGACAUGAUAACAUGUUGAAUUAAGAACAUAAAUUGUAUGUGCAAAGUUACAGUGAUCUUGUGGUGCGGUGCUUUCUCUGUGUGCCAUAAAAAACAGUGAUCUUGUGGUGCGGUGCUUUCUCUGUGUGCCAUAAAAAACAGUGAUCUUGUGGUGCGGUGCUUUCUCUGUGUGCCAUAAAGAAUUGACGAGAAGCGGUUAAUUUAUGAUACUAUGUGAACGCAAUCACUGUUAUUGAACUAGUUCCAUGAACGUUCGUAGCAAGGUCAUGGAUAAGAAUUGCAUGGCAAUAUAAUUCAUAUGUUGCUCAAAAAGGAAUUUAGAAAGCACUAAAGCAAGAUGUACACAUCAAAUAGAAAGAUGUUAAAGUCAGAAAGCAAGAUGUUCAAGUCAAAAUGCAAUAUGUACAAGACAGAAAAAAGUGGUACAAGUCAGGAAGCAAGGUGUUGAAGUCAAAAUGCAAUAUGUACAAGUCAGUAAGCAAAUUGUUCAAGUCAGAAUGCCAGAUGUUCAAGUCAGAAAGUAAAAUACAUGUAAACAAUUAUAAAGCCACUAUUUUUUUCAAAAUACUCUUCCAUAGAACGAUUUGGUGCUGUAUACUGGGAUCGAAUACAAGAUGCCCGGCUAAAUUGUCCAAGAUAAUUAUCAUUUUAUUGUAUUGUAAUAUAAGGAGUGCUCAUUUGUUUGAACUCAGUUUUGGAGAUUUGACGUGCGGAAAUACUCAUUUCAGAUGACCAACUUAAUAAAAUAUAUCAUUAACUGG